AUGGAUUCAUGUGAUGAUUGGCUCAAAUAUGUUAACUAUCGUCCAUUUACUGAAGUAAAAUAUCAUUAUGUUUGGGAUUUUCGUCAUACAGCUUAUGGAUUCUUCUCCAUGAUACGUACACUCUGUGCGUUAUCCUCACAAACAAUCAAUGAACAACUAAUUGUAUUCUAUUCAACAGUGUUACUCACAGAGAAUACCAUUUCAGAAGACACAUUUUUAGCCAACAUAAAUGCAGCUCAUGAUCAAUUUAUAAAUGCUACUGAAAAUAACUUUGUGAUUACACUCAAAUCAGUUUUAUUAGUAGCACUAGUCAACAAUCUGAUCAUCAAUCGGUUACAAACAAAUUGGCAAAUAUAUCUCAUAUUACGGCCAAAUGACUAUCCGUCGACGCAAGCCUGGUUCGAACGUCUCUAUCCAGAAACUGGAGACUGUUUGUAUUCAAGUAAUAUAUACUGUACUGUAUCCACAGGUAUUUACUUUAACAAACUUAUUAAUGGAACAACAUCUAAUUCAGUAUGGGGAUUAUUUCCGAUAGAACCUGAAUUUAAGGUUGCAGGCGUUCUUGUAGGUAAUCUUAUACUCUAUGCCGUUCUUCAGUCAAAUCUCUCAUGUUUGUAUAAUAAAACAUGCUUAUCGGAAUUGGACACAUAUUUAAAUGAUUCACUUUCUCCAUUUAAUGCGACGCCAUUGAAGCUCUCUUCUUCUUCGUCUUCUUCUCUUCCAACAGUUCAAGACAUAGCCGAAGAAUUAAUGGUUGAUGUUUGGGAAAUGAAGUCAUCCUAUGAACAUUACUUCGAUGCAUGUAAUCCAUUAGCUUGCACUUACACUUACGUUCACCAAUUUGAUGUUAUUUAUGUUAUUACAACUGUCAUUUCAUUUAUUGGUGGAAUUGUAACGAUUCUUAUGCUCGUAAUACUGCCAACAGUCACAUUUCUAAGAAAACGAAUCAAAGCGUGCUGUCCGUUGCCAUCACCACCAGAAGUUGGGCCAUCUGAAACUAAUACUAGAAGUCAAGGUGCUGCUACCACUACCGAGCAACAAAUUCGAUCAGUUACUUAUAUCAAAACCUUUGUAUUACACCUUAACUUCUUCUCAGACCCAGACGAACAAAGUGAAUGGAAUUUACGUGGUCAACGUCUGUCAACUCGACUCUUUAUAGUUUCAAUGGUCCUUACAUUGUCUAUCCUUGUUCUCUAUACAUCCACAUCUACUGUUACAAAAACUAUCACGAUCCAACAACCUACCGUCGAUGAUUAUCUCACGCUACAAGUUAAAUAUCCGCAAACACUCCUUUGUCCAUGUUCUUCGAUUGCAAAUGAACAGAAAGGAUUCAUAUCAUUUCAACCGACAUUUCAUCCAGUUUGCUAUUCAGAUUUUAUUACACCAAAUUGGACUAGCUAUUUACUACCAAAGGAUCCUACAACUUUAACUUCAGGUGAUUUUCGUUUUGAAAGCCUACCAUUCUUUCUAGCGAUUUCCUCAUUUUGCCAAGUAUCAUUGGAAACAAUAGAAAAUGAAUUACUCGUAUUCAAUUCAACAAUAUAUGUUACAAAGUAUGUACAACCAAUAGAUCUAUUUCAGUCUCAAACACAACAGCUGAUCAGUAAUAUAAAACAAACAACAAUAAAUUCUUUUCGACUUCUUAUCUCAAUGUUACGUCAGACGAAUAUUACUCAACUAUUUACUGUCCCUGGUUAUUAUAUUGGUUGUUACGAAAUUGAAUCAAUGCUUCACUCUACUUUUGAAUGUUUUUCUAACGAAAUAUGUUUACAAAAUAUAAGUAAUUUAAUUUAUUCAACAUCAAAAUAUCCAUAUAAUGCAACAGCUAUGAACUUAAAUAAUAGUCACUAUAAUGCAACAACAAGUGUACAGUACAUAAUUGAAAAUUUAAUGAUUGAAGAUUGGAAUAAUCAAACAUUAUUUCAAUCCUACUUCGAACAAUGUAAUCCAUACCUGUGUACUUAUUCAUAUGAUAUUAAAGGAGAUAUCAGCUAUGUAUUUACAAUUACAAUUGGUUUAAUUGGUGGAUUAACAACUAUUUUAAAAUUUAUUGUUCCAUUCAUUAUAACGAUGAUUAGACGAUGGAGACAGAAAAGGAGAAUCAAUGUCAAUCCAUCAAUGAUCGAAGAAGAUGUGCAGACAAUACCAAUACAACAAAAAUUGAAAAGAUUUAUUUUAACAUUCAACCUAUUUAAAAAUCCAAACAAACGAUCUCAUGAACAACUACAACAUCAACGUAUUUCAACACGUCUUUUCUUCGUGAUCAUUAUUAUUACUUUAAUUAUUUUAUUGCUCAACAUUUCAUUUGAAGAUGUUACACAUACAAUCAUUACAAAAAAUCCUACAGUUGCUGAAUUCAACAAACUUUAUGAACAGUAUCCAAAUACCGUUCAAUGUCCAUGCAACACACUUUCAAUUGAAUAUCAACAAUUUCUCACAUUUGAACCUCGUCUACAUGCGAUUUGUUCAAGUGAAUUUAUUCAACAAAAUUCACAAUGGAUUACAAUUGACUAUCCAUCAACAAUGUUAGAUCAUAAUAAUCAGCCAACAUAUUCUACUCGAAUAGAUGACUUUCGACAGAUUGCAAGUCCAUUCUUUCAACUUUUGAAUUCAUUCUGUACACUGUCAUCUCAAACGAUCAAUGCAGAAUUGUUGACAUUUUAUUCAGAUACAUUUAUUGCAUUAAAUUUAAUUUCAGCUGAACAAUUUCAAACUCAAAUAAAUAAAUUAGUUACUCAAUUUCUACAAGAUAUAGCUCGUUCAUUUGUUAAUACCAUCUAUGUCGCUGAAAAUAUGACUUCAGCAAAUAUGAUAUUCUCCUCAUUAUCAACAGAUUCAAUGUUUAAAAUAUAUCCACAAUAUGAUUAUUAUUAUGAUUAUUAUGGAGAGUAUGAUACUAGAGAAUAUAUGUAUGAUAGGCAAGAUCAAAUAUAUAACUCAAGUGAAUUUGAAAUGAAUUGUGAUUGUCAACAAACACCAUGGUGUGUACAACAGGCAGUUGUCUAUGAUUUGGACACAAUAACCAAUCUCCUUUCUCCACCAGGUAAGAUUGUUUCUUUUCUUAUAUAUGUGUAA